CUCACUUAGUAACCGCCCACAGCUUCAGGAUCAUCGGGCUGGUUCGAAAAUCCAUCACGCGUAACACAACAAAUCUUCCGUACAGGCAUAUACAGCAAAAUGGGCGGAACACCAUACCCGCCGGGUUGUUGGUUGACGUACGGUAAGCCAGCAACGUACAAGAUCUACCUACUCACAAUGCCGACUUCAAUGUUGAGUAAACAUGGGAUCAAGAGAACCCUCGACAUGGUGGCUCACUGGGCCCUUUUGAUCAAUGGAAGAUGCUACCAGUUGGGUCACACUCGCAACAAGGAUAAGCCGUACAGCUAUCAAUGGGAAUGGGAGCCCAACUUCGUGGAAUACAGGAACAAUCAGGGAAAGCCGAUUGAGUACAUGGAGGUGGGGUACAUGGCUACGAAUUAUUCACAUGAGUGGAUCGACAAAGUCGCGGAGCUGGUUUGGGAAAGGUCGCUCAACAAGAAAUACGCUUACGACGAAUAUAACUGCCAGGUCUUUAUACGCCUGCUGGUCGAGCUGAUCGGUAAUCAAACUACCAAGACCCAGUUCCCAUAUUGCCUUGAUCAGAUGGUAAAGGGAGCUGGCAACACCAGAGACGGAGGAUUCUUUGCAUUCGCCGCCGGUGCGACCUUGAUUGCUGCAGGCGCUACAUUCAUGGGAGCCGAUGGUGGCGCUACUGCUGCCGCUGGGUUUGCACUCGCGGCGAACACGACGCUGAGGUCGACUGCAUGGCUCCUGACCGAGCGGGACAAUCGAGCGAAAAAGAUCAAAGAGGGACAAAAGGACAUACGGAAACAGAUGGCAAGAGACGGAACACCUUCCACUGAAGGAUACUACAUCUCGUAUAUCAUCUUUAUCACCAUUAUGCUAUUUGUUAUCGAGAACCUUGAAUGUAUUCCCAGGUCGAUGUCUAGCGCAUCUGCCGAUCGACCAAUGUAUCGCCGUCCGAAAACCAGCAAUCGAACGUGUGCUCAAAAGGUCAUUCUGCCGCCGAUUUUCGACAGCACUGAGCAGAUAGCUGUUCUAAAACACGAUGAUACCACCGAGCUUCUGAGGUACUUUCGAAGUGAACUUGAUGUGAGCAAAGUCAACCACAUGAAGAAUCAUUUGUGGCUUGCAGGACAACAUAGAAGCUGUCGCCCUUUGCAUAUGCAAAAAGUUCUUGGUCGCGAAAUAGUUGUGGUAGAAAUCUGCCAUCUUCAUCUUACGUGGCGGGAUGCAACAAUAUUCAUCAAACCCUGUCCCGAUUUCCUACUCGACCACAGCACCUGGAAGGCAUAUCUUUCUACCGAAGAGGAGCUCUACCGCAACGCACUUGGAUUCCUCAGAACCUAUACCUCGCUCGUGCGACGGAAAAGCGAUCUCAAAGUUGCACACGAGCUGGGACUUCUGCCUGCGACCCUUAGGUGGGCGCGGUGGAACCGAUUAAGCCGUUUGAUCGUGGGGACGCCUUUCGAGGAGUUCGUAAAGGAGAAGAACGAAGAGAGCGGAGCAGAAAGCAAAGUGUAUGAUCGGUGGUGCUAUGGGGAGCUUCGACUCGGACGACUCAACUGGAUUCAUCGCCUAUGCUUCUGUAGCGGGCGCGAGCGUGGUCAAUUUCAAAGAGGAUUCUUCAAUCGGUAUCAGAAUUAUCGAUCUUUCCUCGACCGGAACAUUACCUGGCUUACGGUUUCAACGGUAUACGUAGCCCUCGUUCUCACUGCGAUGCAAGUUGGGCUGGGGACUGAUCGCCUGAACAACAGCGGCAGGUUCAAGGACGCGGCGGUAGGGUUUACGAUCUUUUCAAUAAUCGCGCCGCUUACAGUCAUUGCCUUGAUUGCAGCAAUUAUGCUGUACAAGUUUGCGGACAACGUGCUGUACACGAUCCAUAAGAUGAGGACUCACAGAGCACCAUUAGAAGAAGAAGCUUGA